CCGGAAGUAAAUGCCAAGCAGCUUUUGUUUGAGGAUUCCUCCACGGCUUCUUGUUCGGAUGUUUUAUCCUGUUUUUAAUCGUGUUUUCUGGAGUUUAUCACCGUCAGAACACGGCGGGAAACCAGUUACACAAACAGAGAGCAUAACGACACCAGUUUACUCUUAUUUACGAUCGGAUAUCCGUGUUUAACAGCCGAAAACACUGGACUCUAUCUCCAUUUGUCUGCAGAUGGAGAUCAUGUCUCCGCUCGGCUUCAAGCGGCUGUCGGUCUGUUUGGUGGACUGCCUAAAAACUCCGGGAAUAAACGGGAAUGCCGACGAAAUAUCCGUGGAGUCCCUGAAGGAAACAGAGGAAAGUAAACAGGAAGCAGGAAAACCAAACAUCGCUCCAGAUAUCGUCUCCGCUCCGGAGCAACGGGAAGAUGAAGAACUAGAAACUCCUGAGGUGGAAUAUGGAGACUUGACAACUGAAAAAAUGACAGAUAAGGAUGAGCAAGAAGCUGCAUCCGAGCCUCGAAGUCACCGCUGUGAGGAUUGUGGGAAAUCCUUCGUACAGAAAUGCAACUUAACAAGACACCGGCGACAAAACUGUAUCAAAACAAGAGAAACCGCAAACCAAGUAACUUCCAAACAGGAUAAAUCGUUUAUAUGCGAGCAAUGCGGAAAAUCCUUCCCCAGGAAAGGAUAUCUGAAAUCACACAUGCUGAGUCACUCGGAGGAGAGACCGUACGGAUGCAGCAAAUGCGAGAAAAGCUUCAAGCAACUGACGAGACUACAGCAACAUGAGCGCAUUCACACGGGAGAGAAACCGUACGGAUGCUUGCUUUGUCCGAAACGAUUCAGGAUCCGAGAGUCGUUGGCGGCGCAUAAAUUAACUCAUUCUGGAGAGAAACCCUACAAAUGCAUCAUCUGUUCCAAAGCCUUUAGUGAGAGGAGUAAUCUGAAGAAGCACAGCAGGAUUCACACGGGGGAGAAACCGUUCUGCUGCUCUCAAUGUGGGAAAAGAUACCGACACCUUCAGCAUCUUGUGUCACACGUGCGAAGCCACACAGGGGAGAAACCGUACAAAUGCGACAAGUGCGGGAAAAGUUACGGUCAUUCCUCGGUGUUGAAGAAACACCUGAUCGCUCACGAAGAGAAACAAAAACGCUGCUCCCUAUUAUGUGUGGAUUCAACUCUGUGCGUCGAGACGUCAAAGAAACCACAUCGCUGCACAACGUGCGGAAAGUGCUUUUCCCAGAAGGUGGCCCUAAAGAAUCACCUGUUAGUUCACGCCGGGUUGAAACCCUACGGAUGUAACUGCUGCGGGAAGACAUUUGCAGACAAGAGCAACCUCGCCAAACACAAACGCAUUCACACCGGAGAGAAACCCUUCGAGUGCAACGUCUGUAAGAAACGUUUCAGGCUCCAUCAGCACCAAACAAGCCACCAGCUGACUCACCAGAAAGAAACUCGAGAUAAAUAAACUAUAAAACAACC